AUAACCUCUCCUGCUCUCCCUAUCUUUUCAGACAACUGUGAUGACCCAUUGGCCUCCUUCCUCUCACCAAUGGCUUUCUCCAGCUCCUCAGAUCUCACUGGAAGUUCCAGCCAGGCUCAGUUGAACUGGAGAAUGGGAACUGGUGGUUGGUCCCCAGCAGACUCCAAUGCCCAACAGUGGCUGCAGAUGGACCUGGGCAGCAGAGUGGAGAUUACGGCAGUGGCCACGCAGGGAAGACACGGGAGCUCUGACUGGGUGACAAGCUACCGCCUGAUGUUCAGCGACACCGGGCACAACUGGCAGCAGUACAAGCAAGAGGACAGCAUCUGGACAUUUGCAGGAAACAUGAAUGCUGAUGGUGUGGUGCACCACAAGCUGCUCCACUCCGUGAGAACCCGAUUUGUUCGCUUUGUGCCAUUGGAGUGGAAUCCGAGUGGGAAGAUUGGCAUGAGAGUGGAGGUCUAUGGAUGCGCCUACAAAUCGGAUGUUGCUGACUUUGAUGGCAGGAGCUCGCUUUUGUACAGGUUCAAUCAGAAGAUGAUGAGCACCCUCAAAGACGUGAUUUCCCUGAAGUUCAAGAGCAUGCAAGGAGAUGGGGUUCUGUUCCAUGGAGAAGGACAACGUGGAGACCAUAUUACCCUGGAGCUCCAGAAGGGCAGGCUAGCCCUGUACCUGAACCUGGAUGACAGCAAAGCCCGACUCAGCAGCAUCGCGCCCUCUGCCGUGCUGGGUAGCCUGCUGGAUGACCAGCACUGGCACUCGGUUCUCUUGGAGCGCGUGGGCAAGCAGGCGAACUUCACUGUGGACACAAACACGCAACACUUCCGGACCAAGGGUGAGACCGAUGUCCUGGAUAUCGACUACGAGCUCAGUUUUGGAGGAAUUCCAGUGCCAAGCAAACCUGGGACCUUUCUAAAGAAAAACUUCCAUGGCUGUAUUGAAAACCUCUACUACAAUGGAGUGAACAUAAUCGACUUGGCCAAAAGACGCAAACACCAAAUCUACUCUGUGGGCAAUGUUACUUUCUCCUGCUCAGAACCACAGAUAGUCCCCAUCACAUUUGUCAACCCCAGAAGCAGUUAUUUGCUGCUGCCCGGCACCCCCCAGAUUGAUGGACUGUCAGUGAGUUUCCAGUUUCGAACAUGGAACAGGGAUGGUCUGCUUCUGUCCACAGAGCUCUCUGAAGGCUCAGGGACCCUGAUGCUCAUGUUGGAGGGUGGGACGCUGAGGCUCCUGAUUAAGAAAGAGGCAGGACAUGGAACUGAAAUCCUUACAGGCAGUGACUUGAAUGACGGCCUGUGGCACUCUGUCAGCAUCAAUGCCAGGAGAAACCGUGUCACCCUCACACUGGAUAAUGAUGCUGCUUCUCCAGCUGCGGACACCUCCCAGCUGCAAAUUUACUCUGGAAAUAGUUACUACUUUGGAGGGUGCCCUGACAAUCUCACCGAUUCCCAAUGCUUAAAUCCCAUUAAGGCUUUCCAAGGCUGCAUGAGGCUCAUCUUUAUUGAUAACCAGCCCAAGGACCUCAUUUCAGUUCAGCAAGGUUCCCUGGGGAAUUUUAGUGAUUUACACAUUGAUCUGUGUAGCAUCAAAGACAGGUGUUUGCCAAACUACUGUGAACAUGGAGGACACUGUGCCCAAUCCUGGACUACCUUCGACUGCAACUGUAGUGAAACUGGUUACACAGGCGCCACCUGUCAUGACUCCAUCUAUGAGCAAUCCUGUGAGGUGUACAGACACCGAGGAAACAAAGCUGGCUUCUUCUAUGUUGACUCUGAUGGCAGCGGGCCGCUGGGACCUCUCCAGGUGUACUGCAAUAUCACUGAGGACAAGAUCUGGACGAUGGUUCAGCACAACAACACAGAGCUGACUCGGGUACAGGGCUCCAACCCUGAGAAGCCCUAUGCCAUGACCUUAAACUAUGGGGGCAGUAUGGAGCAGCUGGAGGCUCUGAUUGAUGGAUCAGAGUACUGUGAACAAGAGGUGGCAUAUCACUGCAGGAGAUCUCGCCUGCUUAACACACCAGACACAGAACUGGACACCAUGGUGAUUCCAAAUCCUCUUAACUUGACAAUCAAGAUUGAUCUUUGGGAAAGGAGCCAUCAAAAGCUAAGCAUCACCUACAGGACUGUUGAUGACAGCCAGUGCAUGAUGGUUGCUACAGACAAAAUUCAAGAGCAAAUGUAUUCUGGCUUUUUCAGGACAAAGGAUACUGGUUUUCUUUCCUUCAAAGAUCACUUGCCUGUAACUCAGAUCAUUAUCACUGAUACCAACAGAUCAAACUCAGAAGCUGCUUGGAGAAUUGGCCCUUUGCGUUGCUAUGGUGACCGACACUACUGGAAUGCCGUUGCCUUUUCUACUGAAGCUUCUUACCUCCACUUUCCUACCUUCCAUGCGGAAUUCAGCGCUGACAUUUCCUUCUUUUUUAAAACCACCGCUUUAUCUGGAGUUUUCCUAGAGAACCUUGGAAUGAAAGACUUCAUCCGACUUGAAAUGAGCUCUGCUUCUGAGGUCACAUUCGCCAUUGAUGUUGGGAACGGCCCUGUCGAGCUCCUUGUCCAGUCUCCUUCUCCUCUGAAUGACAACCAAUGGCAUUAUAUCCGGGCUGAGAGGAACCUCAAGGAGACCUCCCUGCAGGUGGAUAACCUUCCACAGAGUACAAGGGAGACCUCAGAGGAAGGCCAUUUCCGGCUUCAGCUGAAUAGUCAGUUGUUUGUAGGAGGAACAUCGUCAAGACAAAAAGGUUUUCUUGGAUGUAUCCGCUCUUUACACUUGAAUGGGCAGAAAGUGGAUCUGGAAGAGAGGGCAAAGGUCACAUCUGGAGUCAGACCUGGCUGCCCAGGUCACUGCAGCAGCUAUGGAAGCAACUGCCACAACGGGGGCAAGUGUGUGGAAAAGCACAGUGGCUACUCCUGUGACUGCACCAACUCACCAUAUGAAGGGCCUUUCUGCCAGAAAGAGAUUUCAGCUCUUUUUGAUUCUGGCAGCUCGGUUACAUACAUGUUUCAAGAACCAUACCCGGUGACCAAGAACACAAGCCUCUCGUCUUCAGCUAUCUACACAGAUACAGCUCCAUCCAAGGAAACCAUCACACUGAGCUUUGUGACAGCACAGGCCCCUAGCCUCUUGCUCUUCCUCAAUUCCUCAUCUCAGGAUUCUCUGGCUCUCCUGCUUGGCAAGAAUGGAAGUUUACAAGUUCGCUAUCGGCUAAACCUGGAAGAAAGUCAUGUGUUCACCAUCAGCACAGAGAACUUGGCCAACAGAAGGGUGCAUCAGGUGAAGAUUAGCCGAGAGGGGCCAGAGCUUUCCAUUCAGGUGGAUCAACAACUCUUCAGCUAUAACUUCUCCCCAGACGUUGAGUUCAGGACAGCAAGGUCACUUACUCUAGGCAAAGUCACAGGUCUGUUUCUCUGUCUUGUACUUUUCAAUGGAUGUGUCAUAGCAGUGGUGACGUUCAUCACCUUUUGUGUCAUCGGCAUCAUGACCCGCUUCCUCUAUCAGCAUAAGCAGUCACACCGUACCAAUCAGAUGAAGGAGAAGGAAUACCCAGAGAACUUGGACAGUUCCUUUAGAAAUGACAUUGACUUGCAAAACACAACCAGCGAGUGCAAACGGGAGUACUUCAUCUGAGAUGCCAUAGGGUCACCUGGUUCCCUUUUUUUGUGGGUUCCCCCCCAUUUUCUCUUCUCUUUCCUAUUUUUUAAUUUAGGUAUUCUCUUUCUCUCUUUUGUCAUUAAUUUUCUGGAACACACCUGCAUCCACCGAGAGCAUUGAUCUCCUUCAUCUAGCUCAGGAGAUCAGGUAGCUAUGGUUACUGUGGUCCACUGAUACACACACCAUUGUGAAAGUGAGCACUGGAGACACAGAUUUCACUGUUGUAAACAAGGAAGAACACGUGUGUACACAUGCAUAUUCGAUGUUUGUGGUUGAGUUUUAAACUUCACUCUGCGGUUUCUUCUUUAGACUGGAGCUCUGUGGCAUUGGCCUUUAACAAUUGUCUCCAACACGCUGCCCCACACCAUAUGGUAGGUAGUAUGGCCUGAGAGGAGAAAAGUGGUAGGUGUGUGUGUGACAGAGACAGACAGAGUCAGGUCAUCCUUUAAGCAAAGAGUCUAUUAGGGAGCCCAAUAGAGCAGG